UCGGUACACAUGACUCCGAGUCGUCUGCUGGCGCACCUACGUUGCCUGGAGGUGAACGGCGCGGUGCCCAGCUACCGGCUAGAGGAGAUGGCGCGGCCGAAGCAUCGCCUGGUGCUGGGCUUGUGGCGGGAGCAUGCGGGGAGCCUGCCCGCUCAUGUGAUAGAUCGUUUCCGCAACCUCUUGCACGCGGACGAGCCGUUCGACCCCGACCAGGCCUACGCGUACUUCGCCAACCUUAGAAAUAGGGCCAGGAACAAAAACGCUAUAAGCAAGCGUGGCCCCCGAGGCUGCGGCGACAGGCAGCAGCGGUGGCUGCGGCGCGCCUGCCUCGCGCUCGCCCGUGGCAUGCGGCUGCGGCUUGCUACGCCCGGAGUCUACGCCUUGAGGGGGAGUAAACUGAGGCUGGCGGACAUUGUUCUGAGAGACAUGAGCAGAAGCUUGAAAGUCCGGACGCCAUCGCGAAAUACUAAAUGCAAGAAGGAUAAAUUUUUCGUCGAAAUGUCUGACAAGAUAACUGUAUUGAUUUACGACAUUUUGACUGAAGCUGAAGACAGAAUGCUGAUGAUGGACGUCGACGAAGAUGCAGAAUUGGCCGAAUAUUACAAGGAAACCGAAGAUAGCAUAUACCCGACGUGCCUGUGUGACAUGGGGCUCUGGCCUGCAGGCUACACGCUGAAAGACCCAUGUUCGAUGCACGACACGGACUUCAAUGAGCAACAGGUGCCUUCUACAAAGGUGCCUUCAACAGAGGUGCCUUCUACAGAGGUGCCCGCUACUGAGGAGCCUUCUACCGCUCCGCCUGGUGAUAUCGUAGAGAUAGAAUAUUCAGUGAAGAUACUGAAACCAGAUGAGCCGGAACCACCCAAAGAAGAUGAAACAAUAAAGAAAUCCAACGAGCCUUCAUAGAUUAAAAAUCCUCAAUUAGGUACACUUACCUUAAUCUCUUACUCUAUCAGAACGUAAGGUACUUACACCGAAUACAAAACACCGGGCUUUGGUCUGCCCGGUACUGAGAGACAUGUGUGUUAUCUCCGUAAGUUGACAACUACAUACAGCUAGCUACCACUUGAUGCAACUAAAAUAGGAUGAAAAAGCGUUCUGAUUUGUAUUGUAUAUUUAUAUAUUGAAAUGUGGCAUACGCAAGGAGGUGGAAGCAACCAUAUGUAUCUGAAUUAAGUACUUACAGUAACAUG